UCGAAGAUUCGUCUAACAGCCACAGUGAAUCACGUAAUUAUGACGUCAUAAUAGUAGGUGGGGGAAUAUCUGGUCUGGUGGCUCUCAAGUAUUGUAAGGAAGCGAACAUGAGCUGUGUGCUCCUGGAGGCCACUGACAAACUGGGGGGUCUGUGGACAUACCGGAAAGACAUGGACUAUGGUGCCAUGAGUUUCACUCACAUCAAUGUAUCAAAGUACAACUAUUGUUUCUCCGACUUCCCCUUUCCCGACAGUCAGUCAGACUACCCCAGUCACUCCGUCUUCUCACAGUACAUCAGAGACUACGCUCUCCACUUCAAUCUGCUGGAUUUCAUCCACUUCAACCACAGAGUCACUGCAGUAAAAGACGAGGGAAAAGAAUGGAGACUGGAGGUGGAAAUAAGUCAUUCAAAUUCAGAUGCUAAGAUCCUCAAAAGCGACAAACUGCUCCUGGCAACAGGCCAUCACGUCACACCCAAAUAUGUCCAGUUUCCAGGAAUUGACACAUUUCCAGGAAAAAUCAUUCACAGUUGUGCGUAUAAAAAUGCACACGUUAAUCAACUGGAAGGAAAAUCAGUUUUGGUCGUGGGCAUCGGAAACAGUGCGGUUGAUGCGGCUACUGAUUUGGCGAAUAGGGAUUGCAAAGUUCACCUAAGUACUCGGUCUGGUGCCUGGAUAAUCCCAAAUUACAUACACGGUCAUCCAACAGAUUUGUACGCCUCAAGGUUUGUCCUUUCUCUGCCAUGGAAAUGUCUGAACUUCAUUCUCGAGUCAGUCAUAUCCUUCAUCUUCGGAUCCCCCCACAAGUGGGGACUGAACCCCAGAAUGAGAGCACUGCAGACCCAACCUACAGUUAGUGCCACUUUCAUACAUUACACCCAGAGACAAUUCAUCCGGCUGAAAGGAAACAUUCAAGAAGUCCAGAAAUCCACAGUCACUUUCAACGACGGAACUCGAGAAGAGUUCGACGCUAUUUUGAUGUGCACUGGUUAUGACAUUAAUCUAGACUUUCUGGAUGAUCAAAUCAAAAGGAUGGUUUUGAAUUCAAAGAGGGAGAAUGAAAUAGAGCUGUACAAACAAGUGUUCAGCCCUCAAAUAGGGACACGACUUGGCUUCAUCGGAUUUGUUCAGCCAUCUAGCGGUGGAGUUCUGAUGUGCAGCGAAGUUCAGGCGCAGUGGUUUGUUGCCCUAUGUCGCAACUUAACACAUCUCCCUGACAAACAAUCCAUGAUACGUUCCAUCGAAUCAGACCGCAAGAAGUCCAUGUCAAGAUACUACGAUUCCCCACGUCACACGAUCCAAGUGGAUCCUAUAGUUUACUGCGAUGAACUCAGUCGAACUUUCGGAGGCAAGCCAGAAGUUUCGAGACAUUUGGGUCUGGCCAGACGGCUUUUGUUUGGAAGUUGUGGACCCGCCCAGUAUCGACUUCAGGGGCCGUUUAAAACUGCUGAAGCUAAGAAAUUACGCCAAUUCAGCGUUGCAAACACCCUUAAAAUCAGCGCUAAAUCAACCAUGUAA